GAAAUACCAGGAAGCACAACUUGACAUCAGAUCGCCUCCUCCUCCUCCCUUGGUCUCCAGUUAAACUACAGAAGUGCAGCUUUCCACACACAGACAGACAGGGGUGGUGUAGAUUGAGGGCGGAGGUCGUCAUGAAGCUGGUGGUCCUCGUGCUCCUCCUCCAGGUGUCCGGAUGUGCAGACAGCAGGUGCUUCUGUCAGCUCACAGGAGAUCUGGACGACUGUACUUGUGAUGUGGAGACCAUCGACGGCUUUAACAACAACCAGCUCUUCUCCAAACUUCAAACUCUUCUGGAGUCUGACUAUUUCAGGUUCUACAAGGUGAACCUGAACAAGGCGUGUCCGUUCUGGUCGUCCAGCAGUCACUGUGGUCUGAAGGACUGCGCUGUGAAGCCCUGCUCUCCUAACGAAGUGCCAGAGGGGAUCAGAUCACACAACAAGUAUUCAGCAGAAGAUAAGGAGCAGCCGGUAAAGUGUGAGCUGGCGGAGAACCUCGGAGCUGUAGAUAUUUCUUUAAGUAAGGAGACCAGAGAAGCUCUGCUAAACUGGAGCAAACACGACGACGAGGCAGAGCGCUUCUGCGUUGUCGAUGACGAGGAGUCUCCAGACUCUCAGUAAUGUGGAACCUGCUGCUGAACCCCUGAGCGCUUCACAGGCUACAGAGGACCGGAGGCCUGGCAGAUCUGGGACAGCAUCUAUGAGGAGAACUGCUCUCGGCCGUAUACGAUCAAGCGACCGGUCCUUUCCAACCUCUUCCAUAGCAGCCCAGGAAGUGAAUGUAAGAGCUCCUAACUCUAAAUUCAAAAACCAACCUUUUACUUUCACUUGUCUGGCCUGGAAGGUCAGUGUGUAGAGAAGAGGGCUUUCUACCCGGCUCAUCUCUGGCUCCAUUCCAGCAUCAACAUACACCUGAGUGCCAGAUACCUCUUAGAAGACAGCUGGUUUCAGGAAAGAAAGUGGGGGUGCAAACACGGUCGGAGUUCAGGCAGCGCUUGAUUCGAGCUGACAGACGGCGAGGGCCCCAAGAGGCUCCCGCAACCUCUACUUCUGUGCCUGAUCGAGCUGCGAGCGCUGGCCAAAGCUCUGCCUUCUUCCAGCAAGCCGUCCUUCAGGCUGUUUACUGGCAGGCCGGAGGAGGACCGCAGACACAAGGAGCUGCUGCUGCACAUUCUGCAGCUGGCCCGAUCUUUCCCUCUUGCCUUUGAUGAGACGUCUCUGUUUGCUGGGGAUGAAAAGGAAGCAGCCAAACUAAAGGAGGACAUCCGACUGGCCUUCCUCAACAUCUCCAGGAUCAUGGACUGUGUGGGCUGCUUCAAGUGUCGCCUGUGGGGGAAACUGCAGACUCAGGGAUUAGGAACAUCUCUAAAGAUUUUGUUUUCCGAGCGGCAAAUUGAAGCGCUUCCCACGUCCAGCGUCCAGCGACCCAGCUUCCAGCUCAGUCGACAGGAGGUCGUCUCCCUGCUCAACGCCUUUGGAAGGGUUUCUACAAGCAUCAGAGAGCUGAAGAACUUCAGGUCGCUGUUAGCAGAGGAGGGAUGACACUGUGGAGAUCAAGUCUUCUGCCUCAAUCCUGCUGAAAUGUUUCAAACUUCCAACAGAGUUUAACACAAUGAAUUAUAAGCCUUCAUUAUCUGAGCGGCAAUGGUGGAAUUCAGAUAUUUGACUUUAACAGUAAAGAAAUACUUUGUUACAAGUCCUGCUGCAUUCAAAUGUUUACUUUAGUAAAAGAACAAAGCAUUAUCAAACUAUACUUAGGGUCCAAAAACUUAAGUACAUCAGUAUGUAGAAUGGCCUUUAUAUAACUUUCUUAUAUUUAUUGUUGAAUAAAUAUGUGCAUCAAAUGAAUUUUGCUGAAAUGUGGAGCUACAUUUGAGUAAUUAUACUGCUUGGUAGGUUAAUCUGUAACAAUACAUCAUCAAUUAUGUAUUUGAUUGGUAUUAUGUACUAAUAAUCGAAAACUGCAAAUGUAAAAACAUUGUAAAAUAAGGGUAGUGGAGUAACGGCCCGUCCACACAGCAGCGUUAAAAAAUCUUGAAACGCUUCUGCCCAUUCACUUUGAAUGGGGUGACGUCACUUUGCCUCACUUUUCGCCGAACUGCAUUGUGGGCAGGCGAGCGGA